AUGACAAAGCCUCUACCGACGAGAAUCCAUCUCGAAGGCAAGUGGAAAAGUGUUAUAUACGAAAACCUCCCUCAUAUUUGUUAUGGAUGUGUGAAAAUCAGGCAUAUUGAAGAAAAGUGUCCUGCAAAGGUGAUCCUGUCAGAGCUGGCUCUGGUUAUCGCUCCCGGUGGCUCUGGCAAUUCUGUAGAAGAUCUCUCACUGCUAGAGGCCCCUGCCAACUACAACUCUUGGAUGCAGGUCACAUGGAAAGUUUGGAAGUCGACGAAAGCCAAAUCUGGUAACCCAACAAUCAACUCGCCUUCUUCUAGCGUGGAUUCUGGAAAAACAGCUCCUAAAUCGGUCACAAAGGGAAAGACAGAGUCAGAGACAAAGGGAAAAAAAGGAAAGUAA